AUGUUCAUUUUCUUUCUUUUAUCACUUACUAUUGCCGCAGACACUUAUGCAAUUGAUAUUUUAGAUGGGUACUUCAUGGUUUACGCUGUUGGUAAAUGUUACGCUACGGAUUUAACUGACACUGCCAAAAAGUACCAAAAAGGAUUAAGGAUUCGGCUUCUAAAUAUCAAUUGUACUAUGCUGCAACAUGUUCGAGCUUCAUGCACAGAUGAUACCAAAGCCUCCCCAGAAUAUUACUUUACUUCUUUUGGAUGUAUAAACAUCGAUAAUAAUCAUUUCAUUCCAAAUUUUGAUGGCAAAAAUGUUUACAACACUUACUACACAGAUGAAAAAUGUACAACUCUUGACGCUGAUCCAUAUACAACACACCCUGUUGGCACAUGUUUUGAUUCUGAUAAAACUAAAAUCAUAUACACCGCCAACAAUUUAUAUAAGCGUGAUUUAGAAGAUCGUUUUGAAAUUUAUAUUGAAGGUAAAUGCUAUAUGGAUUUUAUCAAUUCAGAUGGGCAUAAAUAUGAUAUGGUCAAGUCUGAUGGAUUGAUGUACCAAGAUGAUUCCUGUCAGUUAGUUCAUGAUUCCACAGUCGCUGCAACUGGAGAUGGCUUCAAAGUGACCAAGGUCUCUACACUCCCAGAAUAUUACUAUAUGGACCGCUUUUUUGGAAAAUUGGAUUGCAAUGACAAAGCUAAUUUUGAUGAACCACUAAGUGUUGACUGGUACCACACUAAAUUGGCAACAUGCAAUUCAAAAUAA